AUGGGCAAGGUGUCUAAUGUGGUAUUUGAUCCUCUUCACAACAGCUUUUUACCGAAGUCAUUGAAGAAUGCCGUCUACGAUGAGCAGAAUAAAGUUAUUUCUUCAGAUGUAGAAGUACAUGGCAAGUUGGAGAAGAUUCUUGUUACUGAAGCUCUCAUACGUGAAGUGAUCAACUUUCCUGAUGACGCAGAUUCUCCGAUGAGAUUUCCAGAAAGAAUGUUGAAGGGAUGCAUGUUAAGGAUGGGAUAUCAGGGAGCAUUAAAUGCCGCAAAUUAUUUGAAGUCAAAGUUUACUAAGCCUUACAAGUUUUUGAUUCAUAGUAUUCUGAUGUCGUUAAGUCACACCAAAGGAGGUUAUGAUGCAAUGAGAGACUACCAAAUGAAUAUGGUGACCGCAUUGGUGUUAAACAAGAAAUAUAACUUUUCACAUAUCAUUUUUCAUUACAUGGCAGAGAACAUUACCUCAAAGGUCAAGUCUUGGACGUAUCCGAGGUUUGUACAGAUGCUGAUAGAUCACACGUAUCCUGAGAUCGACAGAAAUAUUAAGGAUGAUUUAUUGGUGCAAUCACACAUGAAUGAAGUUUCUAUCAAACAGCUUGUGAGAUAUCAUCCAAACCAUCCAGAACCGAAAGUUGAUGUUGUAUUCUUUGGUGCCAUUAAAGAUGCAAAUCAUGUCGAUCCAGAUCCAGUUGAACACCAGAACUGGAGGAAUGAAGCUGAGAUGAAAGAAGCGGCGUAUGCUGAGGAGUUGAAAGUACUUGCAGAGUUCAAAAAUACAAAGAAUGAGUGGUAUGUGAAGGAAUCUGGGAGAAGACGUAGGAAAGCUACUCCUAUUGUUAAAGAAGGUGAAGGAUCGUCAUCAAAACCUAGAAAGAAGCAAAAGAAAGCAGCAACAAUGUCUUUGGUUGAUGAACCGGAAGAAGAUAAUCCGGUGGUAACUGCAGAGAAAGAACAAGUGGCAGCUACUGAAGAUGAUCCAUUUAAUACUGAUGUUUUGUUUGAUACAGAUGUUUUGGAAACAGGGCCAGAAAUUGUUGCUGAUGUUGAUAAAGUGGUAAAUGUUGAAAGUCAGAAAGAGAAAGAAAAGAUUGUUGAUGAUGUUGAGGGUGACGAUGUAGAUAAAAGUACAACAAGUUCAUCAAGUUCUUCAGAUGAUGGUAUUGAUGAGAUUGAAAGUCGAAAAAGAAUUCAAGAAGAGAUAGAGAAAGAAAAGCUGUUAAGAAAGAGAAAGAGAGAGGAAAAGGACGAUGAUGAUGUUUAUGUGCCUUCUCCAGAGCAUGUCUCAGGAUCACAAUCUUCUCAAAGAGUUAGAAAGAAAGCUGGAGGUCGAAAGAAAGUGGUGUCUCCAAAGAUUGUCAAAGCUACUCCAAAGAUCAAAGAUAAUCUGUUAGAUGUUGGACAUUUUGAUUUUGCCAACACUUCACAAGUUAGAAAUGUUGAAAAGAAAGUUGAAGAAGUUGUUGCUGAAAACAAGAGGCUGGCAACUGAAAAUAAGAAAGUGUCUGAUAGAGAAAGACUUCUUGAGAUGCGUGUGAAGAAGUUAGAGAAUGAAAAUCAAGAGUUGGUGAAAAAGAUUGAUGCUGAUCAAUCAGAAAUUGAUAUCUUGAAGGUUAAAGUUGCUGAACUUGAAGAAGAAAAGGCUAGACGUGAUGAACAGAAUGAAUACUUUAAGUUGAAGAACAAAGAAUUUGAAGCAGCCAAGGCAUUAAGAGAUCAUGAGUUCUACAUGCUGAACAAAGUUAUCGAAAGCAUGCUUGGAACAUCGUUAGAACAAAAGUUUGAAGAGCUGCAGGUUGAAGAACUAAGAGCUGAACGUCAAGCCAAAAUAGACGAGCAAAUGAAAGAUAAAGGUAAGGGAGUUGAAGGAAGUUCAGCUGUGUCUGAAAGAUCAAUAGUACCUUCUAUGGUGGUUGAUAAUCCCGAGCCUAUCACUGCAAUAUCUGGUUUGUUUGAAGAGGAAACACAUCUUGAAGAGUUGAUGGAUGAUGAUGACGAGGAUGCUGAAGGUCGUACAGGUUUGAAAGUUACAGAAGCUUCCACCGAGAAAGCAGUUGAUGAUCUGAUGAAUGAUUCGGUAAAUGAAGAAUCAGGGGAAGCAAGUGGAAAGGGGGAGUCUAGUAAGUCUCAGAUCGUUGAGCAUUCUGAAAAGUUAUUCUUGAGUUUAGAUGUUUAUAGAUAA